AUGUCAACAGAGCAAAUAGCCUCAACAUCUCCCAGUAAUAAAGGGUACCAUGCUCGACCAACUGAGGAGGACCCUAUCACUAUAGGCCAGGCCCCAGAGGCCAUAACGAGCGCUUUCCAUAGUGCAGAACGCCCUAUUCAUACAUUAUCAGUCGCUAGCAGCGAAAUAGAGAGAACGGUUGGGAAGAUGCGCCCAAGGCCUGUUUCACUACAGCGUGAGACAACUGUCGAUUCGAACGAUACCUCGGCCACUGAGGCAUUCUUGAAUGAGUCAAGCUUGGACUCAACGCCAAGUUGUGAGGACCAGUCUCUAUCAGUCAAAAGCCAUAAUACGAAUGGCAAUACCUCAAACAAUUCAAGCUUGCAGGAUCCAUUAAAAUGUACCCUGAAAAAGCGUGAUCGAAACAAGGGCACGCAUUCUACAAAUGGCAAAUUCAGGGAGUUGCUUUUCACGCGCCAGUUUUCAACCUUCGAUAGGCAGAAUCAGCAUGCGGCGAAUAGUCCGUUUUACGGCUUCUACGUCCUGUUUUGGAUUGCGGUCGUGUUCUGGAUUAUAAAGAUGGCGGCAGACAAUUGGCGGAAGACGGGCAGCCCCUUGGGCAAGAACGAGAUUAUGAAGACUAUGUUUCGCCGAGAUGUGGUCGUGCUUUUUAUAUCGGACGGCAUUAUGUGUACAUUAACAGGUGUGAGCUGGAUCAUCCAGCGCCUUGUUGCUCGUGACAGCCUCGACUGGGAUACAACGGGAUGGAUCAUCCAGAACAUUUGGCAAUCCCUAUUCAUCAUAGGCGUGGUGGGAUUGACUUUGGUUCGUGAUUGGCCGUGGACGCAUACAGUGUUCUUUGUGUUGCACGGUCUCGUCAUGCUCAUGAAGCAACACUCAUAUGCGUUCUACAACGGCUACUUGUCUUCCAUCCAUAAGAAGCGGGAAGGCCUCCUUGCGGAACUGAAAAAGCUCGACAGCAUGCAGACCGUGGCGGGGGAGUCCACAACUUCGCCUCAGACGUCUGAGCUCUCAACUUCCCACUUGGAUCGCCGUCCCUCAGCAGCCAUGUACCGAGAAAGGAGAAACUCCAUAGCACAGUCACAGUCGAACGAGCCGGACGAUAUAGAAAGCAUUUCACGGGCGAUCAAAAGCGGACAACCUCUUGAUCUUGACCAGGCCAUGAUGUUUGAAAGGCUUAUCAAAUGGGAAAUCGAUGCUUUAGCCGAUGAGCUCAAGGGCAAGGCUACGCAGCCCUCGCACUACUAUCCUAACAACUUGAGCCUCACGAAUCACUACGAGUACAUCUUCCUCCCCACCGUGGUCUACGAGCUGCAAUAUCCACGCUCCGACAGCAUCAACUUUCUCUACGUAGCCGAGAAGGCGGCGGCUACGUUUGGCGUGAUCUUCGUCAUGAUUAUGAUCUCGCAGACUUUCAUUUACCCUGUCGUCGUUCGCACUGUCGCGAUGAAGGAAAUGGGGUAUACCACCGCGCAGCGGUUCGCCGAGUUCCCUUGGAUGCUGAGCGAUCUCGUCUUUCCGUUCAUGAUGGAGUAUUUGCUCGCGUGGUAUCUCAUCUGGGAAACCGUACUCAAUAUUCUCGCCGAGCUUACAUUCUUUGCGGAUCGUAGCUUUUACGACGCAUGGUGGAACAGUGUAUCUUGGGAUCAAUUUGCGCGCGACUGGAACCGGCCGGUACACAACUUCCUCCUGCGGCACGUGUAUCACAGCUCGAUCUCCACGAUGCGCGUGAACAAGCAUACGGCGACGCUUAUUACCUUCUUCCUGUCGGCGUGCGUCCACGAGCUGAUAAUGUGGUGCAUCUUCAAGAAGCUGCGCGGCUAUCUUCUCGCUAUGCAGAUGUUCCAGCUACCCCUCGUGCGCCUGAGUCGCACGCGUUGGUUACGCGAUAAGAAGGUGUUAGGGAACGCUAUUUUCUGGACGGGCAUAUUGACGGGCCCGAGUCUGCUGUGCAGCUUGUACUUGAUCUUGUGA